CUUUUAUUUUGAAAAUCCUCCGAAUUCCCCCUCCCUCUACUUCCGUGUUUGCGUCGGUCCUGCGUGUCGCGGACUUUAGCUGCAGAUUCGUCUCCUGGCCUGUGGUAUAAAAAAAAGAUAAAUAAUCAUGUCUCUGGAGGUGGAAUCCGCGGACGUGAUUCGUCUGAUCAUGCAGUACCUGAAGGAGAACAACCUGCACCGGACGCUGGUCACCCUGCAGGAGGAGACCACCGUGUCCCUGAACACCGUGGACAGCAUCGAGAGCUUCGUGGCCGACAUCAACAGCGGCCACUGGGACACGGUGCUGCAGGCCAUCCAGUCUCUCAAGCUGCCGGACAAGACCCUGGUAGAUCUGUACGAACAGGUUGUGUUGGAGCUGAUAGAGCUGAGAGAGCUGGGCGCUGCUCGUUCGCUCCUCCGACAGACGGACCCCAUGAUCAUGCUGAAACAAACCCAGCCAGAGAGAUAUAUCCACCUGGAGAACCUGCUGGCUCGCUCCUACUUCGACCCCAGAGAGGCGUAUCCAGACGGCAGCAGUAAGGAGAAGCGCCGGGCAGCCAUCGCCCACGCCCUGGCUGGGGAGGUCAGCGUGGUGCCCCCCUCUCGUCUCAUGGCUCUGCUGGGACAGUCACUGAAGUGGCAGCAGCAUCAGGGUCUCCUGCCUCCUGGUAUGACCAUCGACUUGUUCAGGGGCAAAGCUGCGGUGAAGGACGUGGAGGAGGAGCGUUUCCCCACGCAGCUCAGCAGACACAUCAAGUUCGGACAGAAGUCUCAUGUGGAGUGUUCCCGCUUCUCCCCUGACGGUCAGUACCUGGUCACCGGCUCCGUGGACGGCUUCAUCGAGGUCUGGAACUUCACCACGGGCAAAAUCCGAAAGGAUCUGAAGUACCAGGCUCAGGACAAUUUCAUGAUGAUGGACGAUGCCGUGUUGUGUAUGGGCUUCAGUCGGGACACGGAGAUGUUGGCCACCGGAGCCCAGGACGGAAAGAUCAAGGUGUGGAAGAUCCAGAGCGGUCAGUGUCUGAGGAGAUUCGAACGUGCCCACAGUAAAGGUGUGACGUGCGUCAGCUUCUGUAAAGACAGCAGCCAGCUCCUCAGUGCCUCCUUCGACCAGACCAUCAGAAUCCACGGACUGAAGUCGGGCAAGACUCUGAAGGAGUUCCGAGGUCACUCGUCCUUCGUCAACGAGGCCACGUUCACUCCCGACGGCCACCACAUCAUCAGCGCCUCCUCUGACGGUACAGUGAAGGUGUGGAACAUGAAAACCACCGAGUGCUCGAACACCUUCAAACCUCUGGGCACGUCGGCCGGCACCGACAUCACGGUCAACAACGUCAUCCUGCUGCCCAAGAACCCCGAGCACUUUGUCGUGUGCAACCGCUCCAACACGGUGGUCAUCAUGAACAUGCAGGGACAGAUCGUGAGGAGCUUCAGCUCCGGUAAGAGGGAAGGCGGCGACUUCGUGUGCUGCACGCUGUCGCCCCGCGGCGAGUGGAUCUACUGCGUGGGCGAGGACUUUGUGCUCUACUGCUUCAGCACAGUCACCGGAAAACUGGAGAGAACACUGACGGUGCACGAGAAGGACGUGAUCGGCAUCGGCCACCACCCGCACCAGAACCUCAUCGGCACCUACAGCGAGGACGGCCUGCUGAAGCUCUGGAAGCCUUGACGUGUCGGG